AUGGGGACAAAGCGGCGAGAAAAGGCCCUGGCCAAGUCCAUUCAAGCCGGUCUAUUGCGCGAUCCAGACCAAUUCAAGAAAUCAGCAUGGGGCUCCAUUCUAGCCUUCUUCACAUUCCAACGAAUCAAACUGAUCCGUCAUGAAAAACACCUAUUUGAAAAGCUCCGACAAGAGGUGUGGAGCUUCGACGAAACCGAAUACCAGGCGAGCUUUCGGACAACAAGUGGCCAGCCUCCGCUCAAGAUGAUGGGCGACCUGGGCUAUUCCGGCUCGACAUUCAUAUCGACACUUGACGGCCAUUUCGUAAUCAAGAGUCUGCCCCGACAUUUCGAAUACACAUUCUUCGAAUCAGAGCUUCUUGAGCCAUACUUCGAAUUCAUGACAGAAAACCCGGACUCCGUCCUCGUCUGGAUAACAGACUACAUUCUCUCCCCAUACACGACUCUCGGCACCCUAUGCGGCUGCACCCCAGCCCACCACAUAGUAAUGGAGAACACCCUUAGCGGCAAAGCCGACGACCCCAACAGCGAAAAGUGGGAGACAUACGACCUAAAGCCAAUAAACUACUUCUACCCAGAGCGCGAUCUAAUCCCCGAGUCCCUCGUAAGCGAGGAAACCCUGAGCAAACUGGCCGAUACAUUCAACGACAAACUUCAUCUCCGGCUUUCAGACUCAGAAACGCUCCUCAAAGCCGUUGAGGCCGAUACGCAGUUUUUGCAGGAUGCGAAUGCGGUCGAUUACUCGUUAUUUCUGGUGCGUAUUCCCGCUUCCUCGAGUCCGGGGCUGUUGGGGAGGAAGAGUCCUUGGCGGGAGGGGAUUCGGUCGGCGGAUGGGAAGUGGAAGUAUCGUGUUGCUAUACUUGAUUUCUUUUGGGCCAAGCAUAAGUUGCAUGCGCAGGCUUUGUCGGGCGUUGUGCAGACUUUCAAUGUUGUUGGGCAGAAGGGGCCCAUGUCGAUUACUACUACGGCGGAUGAGUAUCGAAGGAACUUUUUGAAGAUGAUUCGGGAGAUGAUUCAGGUACAUUGA